UCCUUGGCCCCGUGAAUUCCCCAGAACCUGCAUUCAUGGGGCUUGAAUCUUCAGCGUCUCCGCUGGCUUUUGCCCAGCAGACAAAUAUGAAUCUGCAGUUUUGAUCGCAUCGGCUCCGUCCAAUCGCUCCGCAAGCCCUGGCUAGCGCCGCUCCUGACAUGCGAGCCACCUGGUGCCCCCCCUCCCGGAACCUAGGCAUUCCCCCACACAUCUCCCUCCUCUACCCCCCUCCAAGCGUGCACAACCAACUCCCAGGGCAGCUUUGCCCUGCAGCGGCUCAGCUAUCUCAGCCAAAAGGGGGAUCCUGCAUCUUUAAAUGGGAUGUAAUAUUUUGGGAUGGGCUUUUUCAUAACGUCACUUCAUUCCUCGCUCCUUUUUUUUCAUUUUCUCAUUCUUUCUUUCCUCUCUCUCUCUCGUGCCCGUGUCUCAAAUGGAGCGGAUUUCCCUGUAACUUCCCCGAUCGCUCCCCUUGUGUCCCCCCACUUUUAUUGGGGAGGGUCGGAGAUCGAUCGCCUCCCCCGCCUCUCUGGGAGGAUGAUUAUUUUUUGUCUUAAAUUUUGGGUUGAUGGUUUUUCCCGUUGAAGUUGGAUCUUUUGCUCUCUCUUUAUUUUGGGUGCUCCCACCGCCACCACACCCCCACACCCUCCUGCCUGCGAUCCAUCUCCUGCAAGAGAGACACUCCGGAGAGGAGAGGGGGAACACUGCUUCAGCCUCUGAAAUGACUCAGUAACUUUUGCGCCUUGGUUCUCUCUUCUGCAAUUAGUCAGUUUCCCAGAUCAGCUCGGGAUGUAUUCGUCUCCUCUGUGCUUAACGCAGGAUGAGUUCCACCCGUUCAUCGAGGCUCUGCUCCCGCACGUCCGGGCCUUCGCCUACACCUGGUUCAACCUGCAGGCCCGCAAGCGCAAGUACUUCAAGAAGCACGAGAAGAGGAUGACGAAGGACGAGGAGAGGGCGGUGAAGGACGAGCUGCUGAGCGAGAAGCCCGAGGUCAAGCAGAAGUGGGCAUCCCGGCUGCUGGCCAAGCUGCGCAAGGACAUCCGGCCCGAGUGCCGGGAGGACUUUGUGCUCUCCAUCACGGGCAAGAAGCCCUCCUGCUGCGUCCUCUCCAACCCCGACCAGAAGGGCAAAAUGCGGCGCAUCGACUGCCUGCGCCAGGCUGACAAGGUGUGGCGCUUGGACCUGGUCAUGGUGAUCCUCUUCAAGGGCAUCCCACUGGAGAGCAGCCAGUGCACCAACCCCAUCCUGUGCGUCCAGCCCCACCACAUCAGCGUUUCCGUCAAGGAGCUCGACCUCUACCUGGCCUACCCCGUGCGCGUUGCCGGGGGACGGGUCUAUGAGUCUAUGAGGUCUGGGCUGACCGGCCCAGUGCGGCUGUCCCUUGCAGAUCCCCGGCGCUGA